AUGGUCAACUUGUAUUCAUAUCAUAGAAACUAAAUUAAGGAGUCAGGUCAGCCAAUAGGCCCUUCCAAGAUGCCAUUUGAAUAUUUUCACCCUUGUGUUUGCACCCCUUGCAAAUUUAUAUAUAGGGAAUUCUGUUGUGUUUGUACCCCUUGCACUAGCUAUUGUGUUUUAUUAUAGCAUUGUUAACAUUGGAAGGGUCUAUUGAGUGGGGUGACUAUUUAACAAGAUAUUAUCAUGCCAUUACAGAAAAGUGAUAAUUGAAAAGCAAUAAUUUUCACAUGUGAGAUUAUCAUGAAUAAUUUCACAUGUGAGAUUAUCAUUUUUAUCAGUGCUCGAAAUCUCUAUAAAACACUAUACUUUAUAUAAUAAAAAUUCAUAAAUUUGAACCACACUAGAGCAUGAUAACAGCAAAAUGCUCUAGAGUAUGAUGCACAAUAUUUUGGGAGGUGAAAUACAUGAACAAUAAAUCAGAGAGUGUUUACUUGAAACUCACUUACAACACCCCUGAUAAUUGUUCAUGAGGAAUUUCAGGUAGAUUUCCAGUGCACUUUUAGGUAAAUUUAAGUAGAUUUGCAGAAGAUUUUCAGGAGAAUUCAGGUAAUUCUCAGGACAUGAGAAAGUGAAUUUGGAAAAUAACUGUAUUUUCGGAAAAAUUAUUAUAUGUCCUGAAAAUUUUUUGUACUUCUGGAAACAUUUUGGUAACCUCCCCCCCCCCCCCCCCCCCCCCUGAGACGAAGUGCUCGCAACGGCACUGAGUAUACAUCUUUUGAAAACAGGCGAGGGGUUAUUGCAUGCAUGUUAUUUCUAGUACACAACUAUAACUGUUAGCGGUGGUGAGAAGGAGAAUAUCGAAGCUAAGUUAAUUUCACUGGCUUCGAUAUCUAAAAAACCAGCAAAUUCCGUUGUCAGUGAAGACACUAAAAUACCGGACGAAGACAACCAUAUUGAAAUUGGCAAUGAAAACAACGAUAUUUGCAUACAUAACAAAGAAGAUUCUGCUUUAGAGACAUAUAUUAAAUCCCUCGAUUGCCAAGUUAGAUUGUUAGUGAAAGAAUUUACAACAAAUAAAACAACAGUUGACAAAACGCUACAAGAUCAUUCGAAAAUACUAAUUCAGCUCCAAAAUCGAGAGACAAAUAGUGAGUUGGAUAGCCUAAGAAAAGAAAACCUUAAACUAAAAAAACUAAAUAAUGAGUUUUCCAAAAUAAUAUCAUAGUUGCCUCGAAAUCCUUUGUCUCGCGAGGUACGAUUAAUCACUAAUUUACCUCAUUACCCAUGCAUACGCUUUGUCUUCUAAAUUUACCCGGUAAAUUUAGUUGAAAACAAAGGAUUUCUUUGUCUUCUAAUUUUCCCCUGCAUGCUUGAUGAGGGAAAUUUAGAAGACAAAAGCGUACCUCAUUACCUCUGAUUGGAGAGCUGUACCUCAUCGAAAAUCAUCGGCACAACUAUGGACAGUAUAUGACGACACCGUCCAGUACACAUUCGAACAAUCACUUUGCCAGCUUUUAUUCCCUAAUCUUGAACAUUACAAUUGUGGGAGAAAAUUUCGUUUAUGCGCAUGCCUAAAACGAAUGAACACGGAGAUGUGUUUCUGCGCAUGCGUAUAUAUGAAAAGUGUUCAUACCACAAUCAUAAGACAAUCAAACAGCAUUCAAAACAGGCAACACACCACGCGCAAUUCCCUCGGCAACUAUGAUAUUACAAAGUAAUAGCAUGGCAUUACGGUCGAUUAGUGAUGAAAUGUACCUGAAAGCCUCAAGAGGUUUAGUUACUAAACCUCUCUCGGCUUUCGGGUACAUUUAAUCACUAAUCGACCUGAAUGCCAUGCUAUUACUUAUAAGAAUUAACAAUCUUAGCUGUAUUCUAGCAGAUCUUCAAGACAAAGCAAAAUCAGCAGAGGAUGAAAAAGUCAGCUUAAUCACGGCAAUUAAACUAUUGUACAAGAAGAACGAACGAAAUCAAGAACAAUCAAAUGUCAAUCAAGCAGAUCAAAUUAAUUCAGAGGAACAACAGAGGCAACAACAUGACCCGAGAUGUCACCAAGUGAAUCCGAAUAUUCAAAUCAAUAAUCGCUUCGCUGGUCUCAGUGUUGAAGAACAUACCGAAGAAGUGUCAAUGCUGCAAGUCAAGUAACCCAAACGUUAACCGAAACCUGUCAUAAGGAGAGCUGGAAAGCUUCAGCUAACAGAUUCAGUGCUGAACAAAAGGGGUUGAAUACCACUGCAAAGAAACACAAUAACAAGGAUGAUCGACAACUAAAGCGUCAUACAACAGUGGUGAUAGGCGAAUCCAUGAUCAAGAAUAUUUAAGGACCAAAGCUUGGCGAAGAGGUCAGUAACCAGGUCGUAGUAAAAUCAUUUCCGGGUGCUACAUCUGAAGAUAUGAGACAUUAUAUCAAGCCAACAAUAGACCGUUGACCAAAUCGAAUUGUUCUCCAUUAUGGAACUAACGAUCUGAAAAAUUACAGUCCAACCGUGGUUGCCGAGAGGGUUGAUAGUCUUGCAAGUGAAAUGGAAAAGACCUCUGAAACUAAAGUUAUCAUUUCCGAACUUGUUGCAAGACGGGACAUGAAUGAUCAAGUUAAAACCGUCAACAAACAACUCAGAAAACACUGCCAAAGUAAUGGCUGGACACGUAUUCAACAUAAUAACAUUAGCUUUGCUGAUUUGAACAGAGGAGGACUUCAGUUAAAUCAUGAAGGUAAUUGUAAAUUUUUUAAAAACUUUGUAGAUACUAUAGUAACUAAACCGGAGGAUUGAAAUGUAUUUUCCUUGAAUGCCGUGUCUAAUGAGAGUUCCUCGAAUAAUUUAUCUAAUCUCAAUUUUGAAACACCUAUAGCUGAUAGCAACAAUUUGAAUACGAAAUCGAUACCACCCUUUCCCACAAAGCGUGGUUUCAAACUAGCCUCUUUAAAUAUAGCUAGUUUGAUAAAACAUAUAGAUGAACUGAGAAUUCUGCUUGUCAAUUAUCCAGUAGAUAUCCUCUCAAUCAACGAAACUAAACUUGAUAAUUCGAUUAAUGAUUGCAAAAUACAUAUCCCUGGGUAUGAAAUACUUCGCCGAGAUAGAGACCGACAUGGUGGAGGUGUUUGUUUCUAUAUUAGAACCACUAUUAAUUUUUCAAUACGUGAGGAUUUUAAGUUUAAAAAAUUGGAAAAUUUAUGUGUUGAAAUUCGAAAACCUCAAUCUAAACCAUUUGUUGUUGUCAACUGGUAUAGACCACCCAAUUCUCCUGUUGAGUUGUUUACUUCUUUUGAGUCCCUUAUCAGAUGACUUGAUGCAGAAAAUGUUGAAUUUUAUUUAAUGGGUGAUUUUAACUGUAAUUUAGCUAACGAUAGUACUCAGUAUGACAACAAUACCCAUCUGCUGUCGAGCAUUACUGAUACAUAUGGUCUUCAGCAGUUAAUCAAUAAGCAUACCCGUAUUACGAAAACAACUUCCACCUUGAUUGAUCUAAUUUACACUAACUAUCCAGACAGGGUAGUUUGUUCAGGAGUCUUGCAUUGCAGUAUAAGUGACCAUAGCCUAAUCUAUGUCUACCGUAAAUUUAAAUACUGUAUCUAGUAAAGGAAAUAACUACAUUACCUAUAGAAAUUUUAAGAAGUUUAAUUGGGAAAACUUCCAUAGUGAUAUUUCAUCUCAAGACUGGAGUUACAAUUUAUCCAACAUUCAAGACCCUAGUCUAAUGUGGGCAGAAUGGAAAAGUAAAUUUUUAACUAUAGCAGAUAAACAUGCUCCAAUAUGUACUAAGGAUAUUCGAUCGAAGAACUCUCCAUGGAUAACAUCUGAUUUAAAAAAACGUAUGCAUGAUCGUGACAUAGCCAAAAUAAAAGCUAUACACUCUACUGUCCCUGGUGAUUGGGACAAUUUUAGAAGAUUGCAAAAUAUUGUAAAUAAGGAAAUUAAACUCGCUAAAGAGUCUUAUUAUAGAAAUGCAUUUAUGCAGCACAGUGGCAAUUCUCGAAAGACAUGGCAGAUUGUCAAUGACCUGACCUAACGUAAAUCAAAAAGAAGAUCUGUCAGGGAAUUAAAUUUUAAUGGUAAGUCUAUAUCUAACCCAUCAGAUUUUCUAAUGCAUUUAAUGGGCUUUUUUGACAAUAGGACCUAAACUUGCUAGUGAAAUUCCAGUAAGCAGUAGUCAUACGAGUUACACUGAUUAUCUCAUUAACACUGACAAAAGGUUUCAAUUCAUGCAAACUAACAAUGAUCAAGUAUUUUCAGUGUUAAGCAAACUAUGCGAAUCAAAAGCAACCGGUCUUGAUCAGAUCUCAGCCAGACUUGUUCGAGAAUGUGCUGAUCUUAUUUCUAGUUCCAUAACCAAUAUUUUUAAUCUUUCAUUAAUAUUGGGUACAUUUCCUGAAGAUUGGAAAUGUGCCAAAGUUACUCCAAUCUUUAAACAAGGUACACAGAAUGAAAUGAAUAACUACUGCCCAAUUUCUGUGAUUUCAGUAAUGUCCAAAGCCUUUGAACGAAUAAUCUACAAUCAACCGAUCUAUACAUGUUAGAACAUGAUUUGCUAUCCGAACACCAGUCGGGGUUUCGUUCUUUGCAUUCAACGGCUAUGGCCUUACUUGAGGCCACUGAUAGUUGGGCUUACAAUAUUGACCGCGGCAAUACUAAUGCCGUG